ACGCGCUCAGACACGGGAUGUACGCAUCUAAUGACGCGUGGAUAAAUAGUCGUAAACUUAUAAACGAAGCUACAAUAUAAUAUUCCGUCUAUACAUAUCCACUCUCGACAUCUUUCAUUUCAUUCCAAAUCGCGACUUCACAAAGAGAAUCUCUAUAGGUACAAGUUGUUUUGUUAACUAAGACAAAUGGGAGGCGGAAAGGAUAAGCACGAUGAGUCUGAUAAGGGGCUGUUUUCUCAUCUCGGUCAUAAUCCUGCUCAUUAUCCUCCAGGACAGUACCCUCCAGCACCAGGUGCAUACCCUCCUCAACAAGGGUAUCCACCUGCAGGAUAUCCUCCUCAGGCAUAUCCACCUUCUGGAUAUCCUCCUCAACAAGGGUAUUCCCCACAAGCCUACCCCCCUGCAGGUUACCCUGGCCAACCUCACCCAUCUGCAUCACACCAUUCAGGGCAUGGAGCUGGUAUGGGGGCAAUGCUAGCUGGAGGUGCUGCGGCUGCAGCAGUUGCUUAUGGUGCUCAUCACAUUAGCCACAGUGGCCACGGUGGUUCUCAUGUACCACAUGGUGUUGUACCUGGUGUUGGUGGUUACGGCCAUGGAAAAUUUGGCAAGCAUGGCAAGCACGGCAAGUUCAAACAUGGCAAGCACGGCAAGUUCAAACAUGGCAAGCAUGGAAAGCAUGGAGGGAUGUUCGGUGGUGGGAAGUUCAAGAAGUGGAAGUGAUCCAUUCUUGACCUCUCUGCUAAACAUAUGCCAAGACCUUUAAGACUGCUAAUGCUUUAAUUUCUAUGAAUAAAUUAUACUAUGGUACAUAUUUAAUGCUCUAUAGGCUAUAUGAAAUCAUCACCAGAAAACUCAGUUUUUGUGGCUGUGAUGGAAUCCAUAGCUUUCAUGGUUAAUCUGACAUCAUUGUUAGUGUUUUACACUUUCUUCUCCAUUGCUUUUCUGCUUUGUAUCAGUGAUAAAUUGCUCUUGAUGGGAAAAAAUUAUUUACAUUUUUCAUUAAAAAA